CGUUACGCUGUAAAUUCCCACAGUCCUGAACGCAGCAGGGAUGAUACCUCAACAUCCAUCCAACCUGCCGCUGCUAGCAGGUUGAUAGCUAACCGGAGAGAGUUCAGGGCGGCACGGCUUCAUCAUGAGGACGUCCCUCCCUCGUUAACCGGCACCGAGGACUCCCACGGCUCCCCACCCAGCUGGACUCACCGCCCCACCGCGGAAAGCGAGAUGACGACCCGGUCGGAGAGAGAAAAAGCCCAGAAACUGAACGAGCAGCAUCAGGCCAUUCUUACCAAACUGCUGCGAGAAGAGGACAACAAGUACUGUGCAGACUGUGAGGCUAAAGGGCCUCGAUGGGCGUCAUGGAACCUCGGGGUGUUCAUGUGCAUCCGCUGCGCCGGCAUCCACCGCAACCUGGGCGUCCACAUCUCCAGGGUCAAAUCUGUCAACCUGGACCAGUGGACACCUGAGCAGAUCCAGAGCAUGGUGGACAUGGGGAACACCAGAGCCCGCCAGCUGUAUGAAGCCCACCUACCAGAGAGCUUCAGGAGACCACAGACAGACCAAGCCGUGGAAGUUUUCAUCCGGGACAAAUACGAGAGGAAGAAGUACUACGACCAGGAGGCCUUGGCUGCAGCCUCAGUGAGUAUCACCAGCACGUGUCGUAUUUUCCAUUUUCAGUCACUGCAUGUUAUUGUUACAGCUGCAGUGGUUGGAGGCUGCUUUAUGUAAUCUGGGCUGCACUGG